AUGAAGUUCACUAGAAACCAAUUACAGCAGUUAAAGCAAAAAGUUGACCAGAUAAUCACUGAUAUAACUACUCAAAAACCAGGGGGAUCUCCCGAGCUAAUCGCACCUGGUUGUGUGAUUGGAGUCACUGAUGUCAAGGAAACAGUAUAUUUGAAUGGAGGAGGAAUUAGAAAUCUCGAAAAGCCAGAUUCUAAGAUUAACCUUGAUGAUAUGUUUGGAAUGUUUUCCUGUACGAAAUCACUCACUGUUACUGGGGCACUCAUACUUUAUGAACGAGGGAAAUUGGACCUUGAAGCACCUAUAAGCAAUUAUGUUCCUGAAAUCAACGACAUUGGUGUUUUGGAAGAAGGUAUUAUUGAUAAGAAGACAGGAAAGUACUUGAAAGCACCCCGUAAGCCCAAGACUCCAGUCACUGCCAAGCAUUUAAUGAUGCACCUUGCAGGGUUCUCGUAUGGGUUCUUACAUCCGGAUUACUAUACUUUGAUUACAAAAGGUGAGAGAAUGGAUGCCAUUAAUCCAACCAAGGAAUGGUUUACUAAUAAGAAAACCCCCUUGGUUCAUGAACCAGGUACGGCAUUUAUGUACGGCCAUAAUACUGAUUGGUUAGGAUUUGUAAUCGAAGCAAUUUCAGGAAUGAAAUUGGGUGAAUUCCUCAAGAGGGAGUUAUUUGACCCGAUUGGUAUGACACAUUGUACAUUUCACAUGAAGGACAUUUCCAAUUUAGUUCCGGUUCACUACAGAAACCAAGAUGAAUCGUUACAUGUGAUGAAGAAGUUUGCGCUUAAUCCUGAUCCAAUUUUGGAUUUAGGUGGACAAGGAUGUUUUGGUACUGUUGGAGAUUACUUAAAGUUUAUAAGGUUAUGGUUGAACUAUGGAAAGUCCCCCGAUACAGGGGCGCGUAUCUUGAAUGAGUCUACUGUGCUGUUUGCCCUUCAAAAUCAUUUCCCCCCAGAUAUCGAAAUGGAGUUUUUGGGAUUAUCGUCCAAUCUUGCCGAUGAAUAUGAACAAGAUGGUUGGACAUUGACUGGUAAUGCAAUAACCAUGAACAAUUUAGAGACUGGUAGACCCAAGGGAAGUAUCUAUUGGAGUGGUUUGGCCAAUUUGUAUUACUGGAUGGAUUUUGAGAAUAAGAUUGGUGGAUUCUUUGCGGUGCAGAUAUAUCCUUUCCUUGAUGAAUAUGUGGUUGAAUCGUAUCGCAAGUUUGAAAAGGAAGUGUAUAAUGCCGUACAAGGUUCCAAGGACGAAACUGGAAAUAGUAGUAGUAAACUUUAG